AUGACUACUCGGGACUGUUUUCUUGGCAUUGAUUUGAGCACUCAGCAGAUAAAAGGAGUGGUCAUUGACCAGGACGGAAAAGCAGUUCACAGAGCAGCAAUCAGCUUUUCCUGCCAUCAAAAUCUGAAAAAGUUUAGGUAAUUAGACUAGAAUUGAAUCGAAAUCAGUUCUCGCAUUCAGAACUGAGAACGGAGUUCAUAAAAACGGUUCCGUGAUCACAUCGCCCGUUUCGAUGUGGCUCGAAGCAAUCGAUCUUCUUUUUGAUGGCCUCAAAAACGACGGAUGGACGCACCGGUUGAGAGGUAUUUCCGGCUGUGCACAGCAACACGGAACAGUCUACUGGACGCAUGGAGCCGAACGGAUCCUGAGCACUCUCGACGCUCGAAGCUCACUGGCUGAGCAACUGGAAGUAAGUCAAUGAAGUGAUCACUUUCAAUGAGAUUCUUUCCCGGAACUGCUUUCUAUCCAACAAAGCUAAUAACUCGGGGGGCUUCUUUUUGUUGUUCUUUUUCUUCUUCUUCUUCUUUCACGAUUCUAAUUGCAGCCUUGUUUUUCUGUCAAAAAUAGCCCAGUUUGGAUGGAUUCAAGCACGGAAAACGAGUGUCAAGAUCUUGAGAAAUUCGUCGGAGGGGCACAGAAAAUGGCAGAAUUGACUGGAUCCAGAGCCCAUCACAGAUUCAGCGGUGCACAGAUAAAAAAGAUUGUGGAUGAACAGAAUGAAACGUGGAAAGAGACGGAGGUAAUUGCGGAGUCGAGGCGCCCAUACCGUUAUCUUUUAGAGGGUCUCUCUCGUCUCUUCCUUCCUGGCUUCUCUUCUCAUCGGACGAUAUGCCCCCAUUGACCUGACUGACGGCAGUGGAAUGAAUCUGAUGAACAUUGAGGUGACUACUGUAAUCGUGGCCUUCCUUUUCACACGAAACAAUUGCAGACUGAGAACUGGCAUAGACCUCUUCUCGAGUACAUUUCCCUCGAUCUCGAUCAAAAGCUGGGCUCGCUGACCCCAGCCAUGACUUCUUUGGCGAGUAAAAAAUGCGGAUUCCGCUGUUCACCUCUCCUCUUUCAGGGACCAAUCCACUCUUUUUGGACCCGUCGAUUCGGAAUCUCGAGCGAAUGCUCCGUCCAUCCGUUUCUCGGAGAUAAUCCCUGUACGCCUCGUUUCAUUCCCCUCCCUAUCCGAUCUUUUUCCAGCUUCUCUCGCCGGCCUCUCGCUUCUCCCCACUGACAUCGGAAUUUCCCUAGGCACCAGCGACACUGUCUUCUUUUUCUCUCCGUCUUUCGAGCCCAACAUCGAUGCUCACGUCUUCUCUCACUUCGCGCCGAACAGUGGUUUCAUGGCGAUGGUUUGGUGAGAAACUGAACAAAAACUCCGUAACGGACGUCAAUUUCCAGUUUCAAAAAUGGGUCUUUAACCCGAGAAAGAGCUCGAGAACUAAAUGCGAUUUCAUGGGAAGACUGGCACAAAGUGAUGGAAGCGACGCCAGUUGGCAACGGAGAAUUCAUCGGAUUUUUCUUUGACGAAGAUGAAAUUGCGCCGAGGAAACCAAAAGGAGACUACACUUUCGAAGUGUCUCCGUGCGAAAUGAUCCAGAAUCCACAGAAAUUCGCUCGUGCUGUGUUCGAAAGUCAGUGCCUUUUCAAGCUGCUCUACACCGAGAAAAUGGGGUUCAAAAAGUGCCCGUCCAGUCGGAUUCUGGUCACGGGUGGCGCGUCUCGCAAUUCGACACUGCUGCAAAUGCUCGCGGACGUCUUCGAGAUGCCAGUUUACACAAUUGAGGUCGAGGAUUCCGCUGCUCUCGGCGGAGCAAUGCGCGCCAAGUAUUGUAGGUUUCACUCCUUGUUCACAAUCGCAUUUCCUUCUUUUUAGUGCACUCAAAGACUUCGCAGAAGUAUUCUGAAUACUUUCCAUGCGAAAACGUUUCAAUCGCCUGCACGCCGUCUCCUGUCAAUUCUGAAAUCUACCGCAAUCUCUUUUCCUCUUUCAAGGAUCGUUUCGAGGCCUUCAUCAAAAAAUAG